UAAAAUUAAUAGUAUAGAAUUUGUGUGGGAAAAAGAUGCCAAGUGUCGGGAAAAAUAGGGAGGUUGGGAAGGAAAAAGAGGAAAACCAAGUUAAAAAGAGGAAAAGGUUGAAAAGGUAAGAGAAGGGGUUCGUGCUCAGAGGCGGGGAAUAUUAACGUCAGGAGUGGGAGUGGGAGUGGGAGUAAAAGUGGAGUUUUAUUUCGAUAUUACUCCGGCGACGGUUUGAUUCUCUCGCCCUCCCGUUGCUUCUCGUUUCCCUGAAUACCUUCAGAGUGUUCAGGGUUAUUAGGGAUUCAAGAAAAAAAUGUGCAUGGUUAGCCAGCUUUUCCGCUAGUAUGUUAUCCAGAGUUUAAGCGAAGAUGACUUCAGCAUUUCAAAAAUUUCCCAUAAGUUAAGCCAAUACACGGUGUAGACGCCAUCGUCUUGAGAAAAGUAGUUUGAGGAUGUUUUGGUGAGAAGAAGAGUGUCCCUUGGAAUGCAGAGCAGCAGCCAUUCUCAAAAUCUGAAUGAGAUUUAUCAAAAUGGCUGUGACGAUUGACAGACAUGAGGGGUUUGGGCCCUUUAGCCGAUCCCAGAGAUGCAAACUCCAAUCUUACGGUCACCUUGAUCCGAACGUUGUCGAACAUAGCAAAAGUGGUGGUACUUUUUCACACUCCAUUGAACUAGCAUUUGAAGCCUAUAAUAUUCACCGCAGUUUCUCCACUCCAUGCCUCCCCCUAACCACACUGGUAGGGGAAGAACUCACUUGUCACCCUCCAAGGAUUGAGAUUGUUCGUGGAAGUGGAGCUCCAGUACAUGCUCUAGUUGUUGAAGUUGCCAUAGCUUUGGCCUCAGGUAUCAAACCAAUACCCAUCCCGAGUGGCCUAGGUGGUGCCUAUGCUUUCUGCAACCAAAAUGGCACCAACAUCGCUGUAGCAAAGCCAGUAGAUGAAGAGCCUUUCGCCUUCAACAACCCAAAAGGCUUAGGGGGUCAAAUGCUCGGCCAACCUGGCCUCAAGAAAUCUAUUCGCAUUGGUGAAACUGGUAUCCGAGAGUUAGCUGCUUAUCUUCUUGAUCACGGAGGCCUUGCUGCCGUGCCUCCUACGGCUUUAGUCAAAUUUUCUAAUGCUGCAUUCUUUGUCACUUCCAAUGCAGCAGCAUCUGCUCUUCCAAUGCCUAAAGUUGCCUCUCUCCAACGCUUUGUUGGUCAUGCUUUUGAUGCAGGAGAGUUGGGUCCUUCUUUCUUCUCAGUUGCUUCAGUCCACAACAUUGGGAUCCUUGACAUUAGGAUCAUGAACCUUGAUAGACAUGCAGGGAAUAUGCUUGUGGCCGAGCAUGACACUAAUAAUGCUAGCUAUGGUAGUACUGUUGCUGACCUCGUUCCCAUCGACCAUGGCUUUUGCCUCCCUGAGUGGCUGGAUGAUCCAUAUUUUGAAUGGCUACAUUGGCCACAAGCCUCUAUUCCUUUCUCUGAUUACGAACUUGAUUACAUUUCCAAACUCGAUCCCUUCAAAGAUGCAGAGGUUUUAAGAACUGCCAUCCCUUUACUGGGGGAAUCCGCAAUACGUGUUCUUAUUGUUUGCACCGUUUUGUUGAAGCAAGCUGCUGCUGCUGGCCUUUGCCUUGCUGAAAUAGGCCAAAUGAUGACUAGGAAAUUUCGUGAAGGUCAAGAGUUACCGAGCGAAAUGGAAAACAUCUGCUUAAAAGUGAAGGCUAGCAUCCACACCAAAAACCGCACAGAACAAGGGUCUAAAUGUGAAGGUGCUCAAAUUUCCUUCGGAGACCUCAACCAAGUCCAGUGGGAAGCGUUCUUGGAGGUUUUUGGUGAACUUUUGCGCAGUGUUUUUGAGGACAAGAAGUGCAACGGCAAAAAAUUGGAACAUCUCGGAAGUUACUGAAUUUUAGGAGGAUAGGUUGCCAAAGCGAGACACCAAUUACUGUCGCUUGUAGCUGUACAUUAACACCAUUCAUAGUGUAGCUUUCAACUCAUUCCAUUCUGCAACUUUCUUUAUCUUUUUUUUUUUUUUUUUUUUCCUUCAAACCAUAUAUAUAUACUUACCCUUUGUCAAGUAGACCUGUAUCCUAUAUUUCACCUGUGAUUAUGUAAUUAAUUACUUUUGUAUUUUAUAUUCCUCAUUCAAAAUGUAAUCAAGCAAGCAUUCCUUAUAUUGGUCCUUCCCAAUAUAAUGUAAUGUUGCUUGUGUAACUGUUGCCCCUUCAAUUUUAUAAGUUAAAAGAUAAAAAUAAAAAAUAUAAUUCAAAUAUUAAUAUUUUUAUUAUCUGGU